AUGGCUACUGGCGGGCAAAUAAAUACGGAUAUUCUUUCUGAUGAAAUAAUACCAUGUAAAAUCUGUAAAAAUGAAGGCAAAAAUAUAGAUGGGGAAAAAUUUUGUAUAGAAUGCCAAGAUUAUUUCUGUGUAAAAUGUGUCCAAGUUCACAGUCAAAUGCCUGAGUGUGCUGGUCACAAGGUCUUGGAUAUAUCUCUAGUUAAGUCAGGAACCAGAAAAGGUCUGCCAAGGGCACCAGAAGAGAGAUGUGACAGACACAGUCAUAAACACAUUGAUAUGUACUGUCAAAACCAUGAUAAAGUUGGCUGUACUACAUGUGUGGCAGUUGAUCACAGGUCAUGUCAGGAUAUUUUCUACAUUCCAGAAUAUAUCCAAAAUAAGGCUCAUCAAGCAUCCUCAACAGAAAUUCAAACAAAACUAAAAGAAAUAUCCAAGACUCUUGCAGAUCAAGUUACAAAUUUCAAACAAGACAGACAGAGGCUGUUAAAAAGAAAAGCAGAGUUACUGGAUGAUAUUAGAAAAUUUAGACACCAAAUUAACGACAAACUUGACAAGCUGGAGAAAAAUUCUCUAUAUGAGAUAGAAAAUAAGGUUAAAUGCCUUGAAGAUAAGAUUGAAGAUAAUCUAAAAAAGCUACAAGCUAAUUUGGCCUGGGUUACCUCUGCUAAUGAUAAAUUAGCAUCUCAAAACACAAAUCAAGCUGAAGUGUUUGUUCAUGUGAAGGUUGGGGAAGAUGCAGCAAAUGUUGCCAACAAAUGUAUAGAAGAUAACAAAAGCAUGAGUACUGGAGAAAACAUAGAGUUUCAACCUGAUAAAACAAUUAUCACACAACUAAAACAAUAUAAAGCCCUCGGUACAUUAUCAGGAAAAGCUACUCAGACUCCUAAUACUUUAUUUCAGAUCAAAGGGAAAGAAUCGUAUUGUAUCACAGCUAUGCUUGAUAAAGAAGACAGUAAUUUCAUUAGUGUAUGCUGUCUGAAGGAUGAUACAAUAAUUCUAGCUGAUGAAAACAACAAGAAGCUAAAACGGUUCCACAGUAACAACUAUACUGUCUCAGACCAUAGUCUACCUGGAGCACCAUGGCAAGUGUGUUCAGUCAAUACAACACAAGUAGCAGUAACUAUACCAUGUGAGAAAAAAGUUCAUUUGAUUUCUGUUGAAGGACAAAUGUACACAACAAACAAGAUUAAUACUUAUUUUUCUUGUUCUGGUCUUGCAUACACCAACGAUAAUUUAUAUGUAUCAUCAGACAAUACCGCAGAAGUAUGUAUCUAUACAUUGUCCGGAAGGAUGCUAAAACAGUUAAAAAUGAAGGAGCUACCAUUCUUAGGCCAUGUAGGCGGAUUGGAUCUAUUUGAAAACGAAAGUGAGCUCUUUUCUUUACAAAACCUAGCUGUCAGUAAAGAUGCUGCAAGGAUUUAUGUUACUGAUACAUACUGUGGACUGGUAGUACUGGACAACAAUGGCAAAGUUGUUAAAAUAUUUAUUGAUAGAAAAUUACAGUGGGCAAAUUGUUGUUAUGUCACUGAAGUAGGUAGUGUGCUGGUAUCUGGAGGUUCCUCCAAUAAUGUUUUACAGUUUACAUCCGACGGUGAGCUGCUGGGAGAGGUUUUAAAGGAUGACAGUGAAAAAGGGAAAAUUGCUUCAGUUUGUUGUAAUCAACAAAUGUCAAAAUUGUAUGUUAGCAGAUAUGGAAAAAACAACAUUGAAGUUUAUGAUAUCUGA